AGUGACACUGUGGAAGGGAGGGGGAGGAGGAGAGCCGAGCAGUGAGCAAUAGUUCACUUGAUGUGGGAUACGGAGUGGGAUCUGCAGCAGAGCAGGAUCAGGUAGCACAUAUACUAGGAAAGUGUGAGACAUGGAAGAGGACAGACUGUUGUGACUCCAAAAUGAGCUGCGAGGAAGUGAUUAUCUGAUCAAAUCGGACCCUACUGACCCUCACUUUCCAAUCUCUGCUCUCUUUCUGAUCUACUGGACCUCAAUCGAAACCUUGAAGGACUUGACAGCAGGAGUGAUUGUGAUGGUCUCUCUGAGUGGAGACGGAGACAUGAAGGAGCGCUGCAGCCGUCCACUCUCACGCCUCAGGAGGAUGGAGGGGCUCUACCCGUAACAGAGGAGAAACAUGAGGCAGUUUGGCUGAAAGCUCCGGAAGAACUGGAAUCAGAAUCACCUGCACACAAGAAUAAAAGCAAACACAUCACGUCCGAUCCACUUAUUUCCAGUCGCUGACCAACAUGUCCCCCUGUGCUGACGUACAGACGUAUCCUUGAACUGCUUCCCUCCAGCUCCCUGGAGUCGGCAGCGUGAUGCUGUGGCUAUUUUAUGACAUGAAAUGAGUGAAGUUCCAUCAGAGCAAAAAAUGCAGCCAGAUUCUCAACUGAUGAACCUAAACUUCUCUUGUAACCAAUGGUGUGAGGCACAUUUCGGUUAGUGCACAAGAAUCAGGGACUACUUCAGCAUCUUUUAAUGUGUUUUUCUCAUUAUGUCACUAAUGCAGGUGUGUGAUAUAUGAUAUCUAACAUGGCUAAAAUUGGACAUGUUAAAGCGUGACUGUGUAUGAAAAUGUCGGCCUCAACAGCUACGAGAUAGUGAUACACAGGAUUCCCACAGGAAAACUCCCACAGACGUGCAGGUCGACAUUUUUAGCUUUUAGUGAAAUGUUUUGAGAAAUAUUAGAUCUGGAUUUUUAUGAAAUUGUUGCUAUAGUUAUGCAUGGUCCCCAGAAGAUUUUGGCAAACCCCUGAAGUUUAAGUAACACAUAUCAACAACUAUUUCAUUGCUAUGACAUUCAUUUCAAAUAUUCAUGCUCCUACGAGGAGUUCUAAUAACUUUAUUCAUCUCUCAAGUUGAAAAUCAAUUUUUUUAGAAAUACGACUCUAUGAGUCAAAGUUCACACAUUAACAAGACCACAUGGAAAAUUGAGCAUCAUGGGUCUUUCUUUCUAUCAUUUGUAAAUACCUUGUUUAAUUUAUAUUUACAUAUAAUGCUUUCAAUACAGUUUUGAUGGGCUGCUGUAGUGACAAAUUAUAGUUUCCAAUUAAUUAGCUGGAAAUUUUAUUGGAAACUUUAAUUUCUAAAGUAGCAUGAAUUAGAAAUAACAGAAUGCCAUCCUAUGUGAGCUGACUGCUGCAGUUGGGACAGAUCACAAUAAAGUUCCCUCUUUUUUUCUGAAUAUUAUUUCCAUUAAUGUGCCUGAAGGGAUCCCAUCGAUUCUUACCGUCGAGACAUUUGUGUCUGAGGUUGUUUACUCCGUGAUGCCCAACUCGGUGCCCCGUCUUUUUCCCCCUUGCCCAUAUUAUUAUCCAAUUCAGUGUCACAGGGGAAUCACACACAGCCUCAUCACCGUACUCCACAGACUCAGAUAGUUGUACCAGCUGGGGGAAACAGAAGAUCCGUCACAUAAAAUGGCAGGGUAUUGGAUUAGCCGGCUAUUUCUGUACCUUGUUGAUCAGAGAAAAAUGUAUCUUAUUAUACCAGUAGAGUAUUUCCAGUGGAGGCAAGGGAGAAGUGGAGGUAAGACAGAACAUCUAAUGUUUGCUAUGACAUGAUACAUGUAAUGUCGCAUUGAGAAGAAAAGUGCAACAUACUCUAACCAGUAUAAUAAUAAUAACAAUAAUAAUAAUAAUAAAAGGGAUUUAAACAAAUACAAUUUAAUUUAAAGGGAAAAUAAAAUGAAAUACACAAACAGCUCAGUUAAAAUCAGGACAAGCUUCCAGGUAGAAUUACGUUUUAUUCUGAUACUUAAAAGACAACGAUGUCUCAGACUUAUAUUCUCUUGACAGGUUGCUCCACAGCCUCCGGACCCAGAAUGCAAAGGCUCUGUCCCCUUUAGUUUUCAACAUGCUCUGUGGAACUGCCAGAGGAUCUCCUGAGGAUCUCGAGCUACACAAAUGUAGCAUAGGAAAGAUGUUCGAUCAAAGUUGAUAAAAUUAUAAGAAUUAAUACAGUGCAAUAAAGUUACCUUUAUGUUUUUAUCCACCUUUCCUUUAACGUUCAUGCACUUAGAACGCGACAGUGUGGACAGAUGAUUGCAAAUUGAUAUUUGUUUCUUUACAGGAAACUACGAUUGUACGUCAGCUCUCGAUUCCAGUCGACGCCAAGAGCGUGUUGGACGGCGCCGUGCAUUUCCCGUGAGCUUGGUCUGUAUGAGCUGGGCUGAUAGUGUGAAGCCACGUGACCGUGCCCCACUGAGGCAUGAAUGUGGGAAGGGCCCACCACCACAGCUUCGUGUCCUGUGAAGAAGAAGGCCUGAGAUUGAGUACCAUGCCCGCCGUGGGCAACUUUGGCAAUUGCAAAAUUCACACGAGACGCAAAUGCCAUGGGCGGUUUGUCACCAAGAGCGGCCAGUGCAACAUCCAUUCCUCAAACAUGGAUGAGAAGUCGCAGCGGUACAUAUCGGACAUUUUCACAACUUGUGUGGACAUCCGCUGGCGGUACAUGUUCCUGCUGUUCAGCCUGGUGUUUGUGGUGUCGUGGUUAACAUUCGGCUUGGCGUUCUGGGUCAUUGGCCUCCUGCAUGGGGACAUGGACCAUCCCACAGGGGACGACAGUUUUGUUCCUUGUGUCCUGCAGGUCAACACCUUUGUGGCAGCUUUCCUGUUCUCUAUUGAGACCCAGACGACCAUUGGGUAUGGCGCUCGUUGCGUGACAGAGGAAUGCCCCGCUGCCGUCUUCAUGGUGGUCUUUCAGUCCAUCAUGGGCUGCAUCAUCGAUGCCUUUAUGAUUGGCGCUAUCAUGGCCAAGAUGGCGAGGCCCAAAAAGCGCGCCGAGACUCUACUGUUCAGCCACCACGCAGUCAUCGCUUUACGUGAUGGGAAGCUGUCCCUCUUGUUUCGAGUCGCUAACCUAAGGAAGAGCCACAUCGUGGAAGCUCAUGUGCGCGCCCAGCUCGUCAAGCACCGUUACACAGUGGAGGGCGAGUACAUCCCCCUGGAUCAGAUUGACAUGAACGUGGGCUACGACAAAGGCACAGACCGCCUUUUCCUGGUCGCGCCCCUCACUGUCAUACAUGAGAUCGAUGAAGAAAGUCCACUGUUUGGCAUAGGUAAGCAGGAUCUGGAAACGUCUGACUUUGAGAUAGUGAUUAUACUGGAGGGGAUGGUGGAGGCCACGGCCAUGACGACGCAGGCGCGCACCUCCUACCUGCCCUCGGAGAUUUUGUGGGGUCACCGCUUUGAGCCGGUCAUCUUCGAGGAGAAGAACCAGUACAGGAUAGAUUAUGCCUACUUUAACAAAACAUUCGAAGUGCCCUCCACCCCGAGAUGCAGCGCCAAGGAAAUGGAGGAGAGGAAAUUCCCGACACCGGGUGCCAACUCCUUCUGCUAUGAGAACGAGCUGGCCUUCAUCAGCAGGGAUGAGGAGGACGAGGGAGAUGUAGAGAAAGAGGAAGUCAGGAAGUAUUCAUCAGAACUGGGUAAUGCAGUUAUCAUGUGAAGAGCCCUUUGACUGUCACUCUGCUGACAUGAGGACACCACUGAAGACUUUACUGCUGCAGGUGGAGGAGCAGCAGAACCAUUCUCCAUCACACAAGCAAGAGCGAAACUCAUCACUGGAGGAGAUGAGAGUUUGACUUCCCUGACAUGGAUAUUGAGCUUCAUCGAAUGCAAACAAAAACUGUUUCACUUUGCAGAUCCUAAAAAUCAAAUGCAUGACAAUAGCAUAGUUUUGUAUGAAUAUUUUUGGACCGGUGGUGUUCACACAUACACGAUCUACAGCUGAGUGUGGAGUGAAACUGACACUUGGCAGAUGACAUCGGGAAUAUUCCUCCAGGCCGUUAUGGAUUUAAUCUUAAUGAUAUAACAAUAAGACAAAGUAUUCUACAUCAUACAAUGUCAGGUGAUAGCUGGUGAACAACAAUAUGGAUUACAUGUUAUUAUGGGAGACAUAUGAAAAGGCAUAAGAAUCCAUUAUAAAAACACAUGUAUUCAAAUGGAAUUAUAUGAGCAAGUGGUUAUAGUUGUGAACACAUAGGCUUUGAUUUCCGGGGGUUGAGAUGGCAACGGCAGCGUUACUGCCAGCGUCUAGAAGCCGGAGAGGUUAAAACACGUUGAAAGAAAUGCAGAGCAGUUGAGAAUAUCAACAUUUGCCUCAGACAAGGCCUGUUGGAAAAUUCCAAACUGUCCAAUAUUUCAACUCAUCAUCCAACGAUGCCGUUUUCACGUUGGUCCGAGGUUGUGAUCAUAUCGACUCCUCUCGGGAACAAGGUAAACUCGACCAUAUUUGAAGCCGGCAAAAGGUCAUUACUGUCGGUAAAGAGAGAGAUAAUAAUGUUAACAGGUUACUUAAGAGCUGACAACCUGAUUAAUCCAUCCCUCGCACACUUACUCCGCUAUUUUUAGUCAUGGAGAGAAAGAAAAAAAAAGACAGCAACCUCCACAAAGGAACAGUCAGAGAAAUCCAAAGCUCCACAGGCCUGCUGUGCAUUGUUACGUACGUGCUAAACUGUUCUCGCACAAUUGCCGGGCCCAGCGAUUAGCAAACCGCCAACUGAAAUUAAUUUCACUUCUUCUCAGAUGAAAUGUGAUUUCUAAACAUGGUCAUAAAGUCAUAAUUAUGACCUGUUUGAGUCUAAAAAUACCCAAUGACACAAAACGCGUCGUCCAUCUUUUAUAUACAGUGCUAUGGUGUAACCUUAAAGGAACACACAUCAUUUUGGAGGUUCCCAGUAAUAUGGUGAAAAAAGGAAAACACCAAACACAGUACCAAGGACAUGCUGUUCACCAAAUCUCUUCAAGAACCUGGAGGUUGAUGUAAACAGAACACUACUGACUCUUGAAUGUUUAAAGGGACAUUUAUAUGGUCUGUGAUCACUUGUGCAAAAUAGGUAUUUUUGAGCACAAUAUCAGGAAAGUUUAACGAGCUCCGACUCAGAUUAAGAUGCAGCAUAUUAUAAUGAAAAUGUCAGGAUAGAUAUUAUUAACGGGAGACGUAAUGCAGUUAUUAGGUCAGACUGUGCACCACUGCUUCACUUAUCCCAGCUGAGAUGAAUUAGUUUUCCCAAGCAUUUCAAAUUAAAAGCUCCACGUGGGUUACCUUUCACACUGGACUGCCUUUUCAGCAGGUUUCAACACAUUUGUAUUAAUAUCUCUUGCUGACUUGUGCUGGAGAAAUAUCAGAAUAGAGGCUUGUUCCAGAAAACAAGCCACAGCAGGGGUCAGGGUCUCACUGCCAAGGAGAAUGAAGAACUCUGAUUUGUACAGUUGUCCGGCCGUUAUUGUAAAUACUUUUUUUUCUUUGUUUGACACUGGAAAUAACUCUCUUUGUUUGAUUGACAGAAAUAACAUCUACUGAACUGAUUGACUUUGACCUCCUCUUGCUGUCUUCCACUCAGCGCAUUUGAAACAAUCAUGACCUUACCUUCUCCCCUAGUUUGUCGUGUGAGACAACAAUUCAUGAGUGAAUGAAAAUCUCCUGUUGACUACCAUAAUAAAAUAUAUUUCACAAAGCCA